AUUCAAGUUAAAGGAUCAAUUGAAGUUGGUUGAGUUUAUAUAGAAUCUUGAAGGAAAAAAAGAUGAAUUAUUUUGGGGAUUCUGGUGGGAAUGAAAGAUCGUCAUCUGCAGGUGGAUCAUCAUCAAGAAAAGGGAAAAAGACUGGUUCAGAUAAGCCAAAGCAACCUCAGAGAGGUCUUGGUGUUGCUCAGUUAGAGAAGAUCAGACUCCAUAGCCAAAUGGGGUUUCUUCCACAGGAGGAUAUCAGGAUUCAAACAGCAUAUUCAUCAUCAUCUUCCUUCUCAUACAGUUCACCAUCUACAGCUUCUUUCAGUACUUUGCAAGGACACCAAUCCCACAUGAUGGGUAUGGGGGAAUUUGAAAGAACCAACAUGGUAUGUGGUGAAUCACAACCUAGCAUUAACCCCAGAUGGGAUGUAAGCAAUGCCAUGUUAGAGGCUCAACGCUAUGCACAACCUGCAAGCAGACACCUUUUCAGCCCAGAAUUAAUAGAAGAAUCAUUUAGGAAGAAGAAAGGGAAAGAUCAAAAUGACUCAAUGGGAUCAAGCAGUCAGAAUUCCGAUUCGAAUGGCAGCCAAGAAUUAGAUCUGGAGCUUAGACUUUCGCUUUGAUUCAAACAAAUUCUCUUUGUGAUUGUGAUCGAUAAACCUGAUCUUGUUAUCUCACUUAUGAAUUGAGGCGAAAAAUCGCAUAACUCAUUGGAAAUUCCAAAGUUAAAGAUGCAAGAACAGCAACUUAAUUAAGAUUAUUGACUCAUCAA